AAAUGCAAACAUGUCAAUACACAUUCAAAACAAAUCACUGUCAAAACUAUUGUUUAUUGUUUGCAAUCGGCAAUACUAAAUAAUGUCGUUUGGUUGAAGUUAAAUUUUUAUUGGCAAUCAAAAUUAAUAAUCCUGAUGUUAAAUUUAUAGGCUUUAAGUUAAAAGGUAUAAACAAAAACAAUGCAGCAUCUCGACGUUUGUGGAAAAACAUCGGGCAAGGUUUGGCACAGGAAACCUACCCCAUCGACAGAUAAUGGGGUCAUGGUCAACAUCACUCACACUUCAGCCAGUACCAUCUCCAAGGGAAGAGCAGUGCGCUUUAUGCAUUCAGCUUUUGACAACACUGGAGAGGCAUUCAUGGCAGGGGACCAUCAGGGGAAUGUUUACAUGUUUGACCUUGCCAAAAACAGGUUUUCACUUGUGCAGAAAUGUGGGACACCUUGUACAUCACUGGCUCUAGGUCUGCGCAAGAAGUCAGAGUUCUUGAUCGGACUUUCUGAUUAUUCACUUAAAUGUUAUGAUACAGACACAAAAGAGAUGGUGGCGUGGAUGAAGGGUCAUGAGUCUGCCAUCCACAGUAUCUCUGUGCACGCCUCGGGUCGCUACGCCCUCACCACGUCAGCUGACACCGCCCAACUGUGGGACCUUGACACCUUCCAGAGGAAGAGAAAACUCACCAUCAAGGAGGACGUUGGCAUCAUACAGGUAUUCUUCCUGCCUCUCAGCAACACCAUCAUCACAGGGUUCAGAGAUGACACAAUAUUCGCCUGGGAGUCAGAUUCUCUCACUUGUAAAUUUCAACUGCCAACACCGCCUGGGAAAUCACCGCAGUACCGAAGUUUUGCAGCCACCAAGGAUGGUCGUAUUCUGGCGGCCGGAGGCAAGUCACGGUUCAUCCACCUUUGGGCUCUGGAUACACGGAAGCUGCUGAGAAUCGUAGAGAUGCCUGACAAAGUCACCUCCAUCAAACAGCUGCUGUUCCUUUCAGAGAAUUUUGAUGAAGGUGCAAGUCAGGUGCUUGGGGUGCUAUGCCAGGACGGCAUUCUCAGGUUCAUCAACAUCCACACAUGCAAGCUCCUGUUUGAUGUUGGGGAGGUAGGCAACAAGGUGAACAAUGUCACUGCCAGCCCUAAUGGCCGCUAUAUAGUCACGGUGAAUGAAGACGGAACGAUGAACGUCUGCUGUCUCCAGGCUCUGUCCUCAGAGAUAAACAAGCCCCCUGCCCCCCUUGUGAAAGUCGUGACAAACAACAAGAUGUCCAACAACACUGUUACCUCAGAAAAGUCUGAUCGAUCUUCUAAGAGCUCCAAGCGAGCUCGACCAGUGUCAGCCCCGAACCUGAGAGGGAAAGAGAACAGGGCAAGGUCAAAUGGAGAAGCAGAGUCUGACGUGAAUGAACUACCAGAAGGACUGAAUAUGGAGAGAUUGCAGGCAAUAUUGAAGGGCUACUAUGAAUACCCUGGCAAAUACAGGAUGUUUAUCUGGCGUUCCAUCCUGAGGCUUCCAGAAAAUCACUCAGCCUACGCGGCCCUUGUGGACAAGGGAACACACCCGGCAUUUGAGAAGCUCAACGAUGAGUACCCCAUCAAGAGCCGCAGGCUGCUGAGAAUUCUGCAGAGAAUUCUGUCUGCCCUUGCCAACUGGUCACCAAUCUUUGGCGAGACCCAGUACCUGCCUGUGUUGGCUUUCCCAUUUGUGAAGGUGUUCCAGAACAAUCACCUUGUCGCAUUUGAGAUUAUCGCUAGCAUUUUGGUGAACUAUGCCCAGCACUGGUUUGAGUACUUCCCCAAUCCUCCCAUCAACAUCCUGGGCAUUAUAGAGAAUGUGAUUGGUCACCAUGAUAGAUACCUCCUCCAGCAUUUUGUCAAGUACAACGUCACCUCACAGAUCUACGCAUGGCCAUUGCUGGAGACGUUGUUCUCCGAGGUGCUAACACAAGAGGAGUGGAUGAUGCUGUUUGACAACGUGUUCAGCAACCACCCAGCCUUCCUGCUCAUGGUUGUGGCAGCCUACGCCAUGUGUGCGCGGGGACCUCUCAUGCAGUGUGUCGAGCUUGAUGACUUCAGGUAUUUCUUCCACCAUCGUAAUGCAGUUGACUUGAAGCAAGUGUUGAAAGAGGCCUACAGAAUCAUGGACGCCACCCCCGAUGAUAUUCACCCUAAAAAUACUCUUGAGGAUUACAAACCCCUAACCAAGGGACAAUACCCAGUCUUCAACAAAUAUCCCAAGUUCAUCGUUGAUUAUCAGGUUCAAGAAAGGGAGAGAAUCAGACUAGAAGAGCUGGACUAUCUUAGACAAAGGCAGGUGUCUAUGGACAUGCAGCACGAGACCCAGCGUAGACAGCAGGAGGAAGAAGCCUGGUACCGGCAACAGAAACUGCUCCUGGAGGCGGAGGACAAACGACGCAAGAUGAUCCACGAUGAGGAGCAGAAACUCACAGACCAGAGGAAACGGUUGAAUGCCCUGAACCGUGAGGUGAAGUUUAAGGAGCUACAGUUGCUGGACGCAGCUCGCAGGAAGUUCCUGCACUUCCAGAAGUCCCAGAGGGAGGCGGAGCUUAAACGCCUUGAUGACGAGGUCCAGAGGAAGGCGUUAAUGAGGGAUCAAGAGACGGAGCAGGCCAUUGAGGAGGCUGAGAUACGCAACAUGGAGCUCCAACUCAAGAAGAAGAUGUUUGAACAGGAGUUGUUCCGUGAGUAUGCGACGUCAUCUCACCACCUUCGGACGGAGCAGGACAUGCACCGCAAGCAGGCUGAGCUAGAGGACCGCAUACAGCAGCGACUGAAGGACGCGGAACGAGAACGAGAGAUGGAGGCCAGAAAGACAAUGGAGGAGAAUCUAGCGCGUGCCUCUCAGAAGAACGUGGAUGUGUGGGCGGGCAACGAGGUGGAGUACAGACACAGACUGGAGGACCUGCAGCGAGACGUCAGGAAUGUCCAGUUGGCCAGAAUCAGUGCAGAAAACAGGUCUUUGGAACACGAGGUCCACGGACUGAUGAAGAAGUGUCAAGAGCAACGGUUGGAUGAGAAGGAUGGAGGGGAGGAGGAGCUAGCUGAGCAGCGCAGGGAGGCAACGGAGGCUCAUGGGCGCAGACUGGACUUUGUGGCUGCCGAGGCUGAGCGAGGUCAGGCACACGGUCGUGAUCUCACUGAGGACGCCAUCGACUCCACAUACAGAUCAAGACUGGGCCAGUCCUAUCUGGAUGGGACAACAAGAUCUGAGCUAUUGAAGUCAUUUGAGUCAUUGUCUACCAAUGACACUGACGCUAUGGCAACCUCAAUAUCUCUAGAAACAAAGAGACGUGGAUUUGACGAGCGCGAGAUCAGUCUUCUGAAUGAAGUGAGACGACUGAGGCAGAAACUGGCAACAGAAGGCCGUAACAGAAAACCCCCUCCUGCCGUUAGCUGUGAUGCAUAAACAUUAUGAAUUAACAUUUAGUUUCAGGGGCAUUUAAUUAAGAAAACAAAGAAAAAACAGUCAAUACCCUGGUAUACUUGAAUGUUGUCUUCAGGACUUAACACGAUAAUAAAAUCUUGUGUUUCUUGAUAUCUUUUUAUUGAACUGUUGUUUUCUCAGAGGAAAUAGCUUAUUAACUUAUUUAAGCAUUGUAAACUCAUAAAAAAUAUCCAACUGAUUGUAUUCAUUUUUUAGGCUUACUUGAAUACUAGUAGAUAGGGGCACUGACAAAUGAAGAGGGAUUAUAUAUGGUUUUAUAAGGUAGUGGCAAUGAUAAAAAGUGAGCUUGAAAAAACAUUUUGACACUGCCGAUUAUUGGAAGUUCAGUGGUAGACAUUUUAUCUGUGAUAUUUCCCAAAAUUGUUUUAUUUGUCCCAGAGUAUGUAUUUUGCUACAGUGUAAUUACAGUUGUUUGCAUCUAUAGAUAGAUGUAGAUAUGUGAGUUGUGUAGUUAUUGUGAAAGUUAUGUAGCAAUCAUGAAAGUUGUGUAGUGAUUGUUAUACAUGUAGUUAUGUAGCUAUCAUGAAAGUAUGUAGUGAUUGUUAUAGUUAUGUAGCAAUCAUGAAAGUAUGUAGUGAUUGUUUAAGUGAUGUAGCAAUCGUGAAAGAUGUAUAGUGAUUGUUAGUUAUGUAGCAAUCAUGAAAGUUGUGUAGUGAUUGUUAAAGUUAUGUAGCAAUCAUGAAAGUAUGUAGUGAUUGUUAUAGUUAUGUAGCAAUCGUGAGAAAGUUUUGUAGUGGUAAUGAGCGGGACAGGUUUACUUGUUUGCGUUAUUUGAUAAUUUGUAUUAUUUAUUUAUAUAUGAUUAUGAUUACUUUAUUUUGUAGACAUAAUGUAAUAAAGGUAUGAAAAUAGCUGUUUUAAUGAAA